AUGUCCUUCACCAAAUUCUUCAACCCUCCGCAAAGAAUCCAACCCGAACCCGUCAAACCUCAAAAACCCAAAUUCAAUCUCAAUUCUAUCCCUCCGUCCUUCGAAGAACUCGAAGAAACUCUCCCCCUUUGCACAGAAUGCCACUAUAACCACGUCCCCCAAGAAGAUCUCACCUGGCCAACCGAAGGCCGACUGACUCUCUAUCCUUGCGAACGGUUUUGCGAAGAGUGCCAUGAGGAUGAUUUCAAUAAUGCGCGGCAGUUGCGUACACAUAUCAUCACAUACCACGAGAAAACUUUGGAACGUGAAGGGCGGCCGAGUGCUGUUACGAUAAGGCGGAGGAGAGUUUUGAGGAAAAAUGGGAGGGGAAUUGUGAGGAGUGGGGCGGAAGUUGCGAGGGUUGUGAGAGGGGAGAUUUGUCCGGGUAGUGAGGCUGUUGUUGGUGGGGAGGAUGAUGAAGAGGGGAGUAGAGAGGGGGAGGAGGAAGAGUGGGAUGGAGAGGAAGAAGAAGAAGAGAACAUGUCGGAUGCUCAGCAGGAGGGAAGUCGAGGCCAGAAGAGAAAAAGCGAAGGACACAUCGCAAGCCCCGAAGGCAGCGACAAAGCAAAGAAGCAAAUGCGAGACGCAAUCGCCAACUCAGGUCUUCCCAACGUUGUACCAGAAGGGUGGGAAACAGGCGCCUUGGGCAUUCCUUACAAUCCAGCCAACGUAGUCCGAGGUCCAGGAUCAGCGAAUCUAGUGAAGACUGCAGAUUUGCAAAAGAUGCCCCCGCCGCCAAUCCCUGGGCCAGGCAGUACGCAGAGAAGGAUGAGUAUAGGAUCAGCAGGAAAUUCUUCAACGUUGAAGACGAAGCCCAAGACAGGAGACUUCAGCAUUUUUCACACGAUUGGUGCAGACUACGAUCACAGACACGAGCCACCACCUGAGUUGAAACGUGGAAGUUUGGGGAUUCUGUACGAUCCGGCUGAAGUCUCAAAUGGCGAGGAGGAGGAGGAGGGAGAAGAUGGCGGAGUGCCGAUUGAAGACAGCUCAGUGGAGACUGAAGCCGAACGCAAGGCUCGUGAAAUGGACGAAUUGGCUGGUAGCUUCGACCAAGGUGAUCCGGGUGAUGUCCUGGAUUCUUUGUUGCCUUCGGAUGACGAGGAGGAGCUGGAGAGUUCAGGUCCGGACGAGGAUUCCGAGCAUGAGAUGGACGAUUGA